AUUAACUGGAGCUGCAACAACUUGAGACUGCUAUAAAACCUCAGUAUAUUUUUAUACCUAUUCAUUUUUGUCUGUGAGGACAUUUUUGUGAGGAGCCGAAAGGGAAUACUUCUUUCAAAGUGUGUGGAGCAGAGACAUGAGUCUAGAUGACGAUACACGCUGGCUGGAAUGGGUCACCAAGCAGUUCGAGAGCAUUGCAGGAGAUGACAAAGAAAUCGACCUUGAUGAGUUUAAAAAGGCAUUGAAAGUAAAAGAGUCAUUUUUUGCGGAGAGGUUUUUCGCCCUGUUUGACUCUGAUGGCAGCAGCUCCAUCAGUCUGGAUGAACUUCUCAAAGCUUUGGAUCUUCUGAUCCACGGCAGCGAGACCGACAAACUGCAUUUCCUCUUUCAGGUUUACGAUGUGGAUGGCAGCGGUUCCAUUGAUCCAGAUGAGUUGCGUACGGUUCUGAAGUCCUGCCUGCGUGAGAGCGCGAUAUCUCUCCCAGAGGAAAAGCUGGAUGACUUGACCUUGGCGCUGUUUGAAUCUGCCGAUAAAGACAACAGCGGCUCCAUAACAUUUGAAGAGCUGAAGGCUGAGCUGGAGAACUUCCCUGAAGUUAUGGAGAACCUUACUAUCAGUGCCGCUAACUGGCUAAAACCUCCCGAUUUGGAGCAGAAGAAACGGAAGACCCCUCGCUACCUGACGCGUGCGUACUGGCACAACAACAGCCGCAAGCUACUUUUCCUCUGUAUGUACACCCUCCUUAACGUGCUUCUCUUCUUCAUCGCAAUGCUGAAGAACUCAAACGGAGGGCCCUGGUUCAUGGUAGCUAGGGGCUGUGGCCAGUGUCUCAACCUCAACUGCACUUUUGUUAUGGUGCUGAUGUUGAGACGUUGUCUGACGUGGCUGCGUGCUACCUGGGUGGUGAGGGUCUUACCAUUAGACCAGACCAUUCUGCUACAUCAGAUCGUGGGCUACGCUAUCUUGAUCUUCUCCGUUGUGCACACUGGAGCUCAUGUCAUGAACUUUGCCUGUAUGUCUCAGAAUGAUGGAGCGUACCAGCUGUGGGAGUAUCUGUUCACCAGUCGUCCGGGUAUUGGUUGGGUGAAUGGCACUGCCUCCAUUACUGGUGUGGUUUUGCAGGUUCUCAUUUGCAUAAUGGUGGUGUGUUCCAGCACGUUUGUCAGACGCAGUGGCCAUUUUGAGGUGUUCUACUGGUCUCAUCUUGCCUAUAUCUGGGUUUGGGCCCUGUUGGUUGUACAUUGUGCCAACUUUUGGAAGUGGUUUGUGGUACCAGGCAUCGUAUUCCUCAUUGAAAAGCUGGUCGGAAUAGCAGUUUCUCGCAUGGGUGGACUGUACAUUGUUGAAGUCAACUUACUGCCCUCAAAGGUAACACAUUUGGUAAUCAAGAGGCCUCCUUUCUUUCACUUCAAACCUGGAGAUUAUGUGUUUAUAAACAUCCCUGUCAUCGCCAAAUACGAAUGGCAUCCGUUUACCAUCAGCAGUGCCCCUGAGCAGCAAGAUAUGCUGUGGCUCCAUGUUCGUUCUAUGGGCCAGUGGACAAACCGCCUGUACGAGUAUUUUAGAGAGCCAGAGAGUCAAGCAAUGAGCAACAAGAGGCUCACCACCAGCCUGAGGAACAGACAACACCAGAGGAGAGCGCAGGAAGAUAUUUUCAUACCCACAGGCUGCAAUGGAACAGUGGCGUCUAAUAAAGACAGUGCUGUUGAACUGACCCUGUACCGGACGAGCGGAACUUGCACAAGUUAUCAAAAUCCUGUUGGAGACCCAGUGGCCCAUGAAGAACUAGGAGAUGCUAGUCCAGUCACCAGAGAGCUCUCAGCAAAAUUAAGUGAAAAUCACAGAUAUUGUAACAUUAAGUGCUAUGUGGACGGACCUUUUGGCACUCCCACCCGACAGAUCUUUGCGUCUGAGCAUGCAGUGCUCAUUGGAGCUGGAAUCGGAAUCACUCCCUUUGCAUCCAUUUUGCAGAGUAUCAUGUGCCGUUACCGCAUGAGAAAGCAAAACUGCCCCAGCUGCAACUACUCCUGGUGCGAGACCAUUAAAGACAAUGAAAUGAAGCUGAGGAAGGUGGACUUCAUUUGGAUCAACCGAGAUCAGAAAUCCUUUGAGUGGUUUGUGAGUCUUCUGACCAAACUGGAGAUGGACCAAGCGGAUGAAGAACCAGAGGGACGUUUUUUGGAGAUGCACAUGUACAUGACAUCAGCCCUCAGUAAGAAUGACAUGAAGGCGAUUGGUUUGCAGAUGGCUCUGGACCUGCUGGCCAAGAAAGAAAAGAAAGACUCAAUUACAGGGCUUCGUACACGAACCCAGCCAGGCAGACCAGACUGGGCAAAGGUGUUUCAGAAGGUGUCAGAGGAAAAGAAAGGAAAGGUUCAUGUUUUUUAUUGCGGUUCUCCUGCUCUGGCCAAAGCCAUCAAGGCCCAGUGUGAACAUUUUGGCUUCAACUUCUACAAAGAACAUUUUUGAAGAAUUAAAAAUGUCUCAAUUCAGGUCUUGCUUCACCAGUUAUUGGUCUCAAGUCACAACUAGCAAUCUUCUGAUGUUAAACAUGUAUUAUAUUGCUUUUUCAGUUCAUCUAGGCUCAUUAUUCUUCUGUGUCAGAAGCCAGAAAAAAAAUCAUUUCAACGCUUCUAUUGAAUACAUACUGUAUGUAUGUUUGUUUAUUAAUUGUCUUACAAUGUUGAUUUUGGUUAUUAUGCAUCAUGUAUAGCUUUUGUUUUUAUCAGAUAAUAGUGUAAAAAUAGAUGUGAGUGAGUGUUAACUUCAAUGAGAGAGUAGACACUUCAGUUGGUGCCAUUUAAAGUUUUCCUGUAAAUCAUAUUAUUAAUUAUUUAUAAUAUUAACAUUGAAUUAACUUAUAAGAGACAUCAGAUACCCAUAUGUAAAAGAACAAACAAUGGAAAAAAAUCUGAAUAUUCAACAAACCUUUGAUGACAUAAACAAGAGUUUACAACACCAAAGCAUUAAUAGAUUUAAUAUUACAAAGCAUUAUUAGGCAUAAUAAUGAUUAACAUCACACAAACACACACACACACACACACACACACAAAAUACAGUAGAUAGAAAAUUUGAAUUACUUCAAAUGGCAUGCUAGUUCUUUGUACUUCAUUGUGUAUGUGUAAGUGUUGCCCCUCUGGUUCUGAUACAGAACACAGAAUAUUAUGUUUUUCUGUUUUAGGCACUUGGGAAAAAUGUUGCAUAGUGUGUAUGUCUUCAAAAAUAAUGCCAUAAAUAGUUUUUAUUUAUCAAUUAAUGUCAUAUAAAGUACAGUAAACAUAAAAAUCAAUAUUUGGUGUAACCAUCUUUGCCUUCAAAACAGCACCAUUUCUCCUAGGUACACCUGGACACAGUUUUUCUUGGUUUUUGGCAGAUAGAAUGUUCCAAGCUUCUUGGAGAAUUCGCCACAGUUCUUCUAUCUAUUUAGGCUGUCUCAAUUGCUUCUGUCUCUUUAUUUAAUCUCAGACUGACACAAUGUUCAGUGGGGGGCUCUGUGGGGACCAUGCCAUCUGUUGCAGGGCUCCCUGUUCUUCUAUUAGGGCUAUUCUAUUCUUUUUGCAAAAUAAAUGUUUGGGAGUCUAAAAUGUAUAUUUCCUAUUGACACACUAAAGCUAAAAAUAUAAAUAACCAUCUUAAGACAAAUGUUUUUGUGAAGCAUCUUAUGUG